AUGAGGCCUGUGGUCUACCUUGCCGCGUUGCUCGCCAGUGUUGGUGCAGCUGUUGCGUGCGCUGGUGACAAGCAUCAUGAUGACCAUGAAUGGACCAAGGAAGAGCUGGACGAGCUAGAAAGGAAAUGGGGGAUGGAGUGGCCAUUCGUUGGCAUUGGAUCCUUUGCCCAUCUUAAGUACGUAAAAUGCCUCACGACACCAAGUGAGGACUUUGAUAUUGCAAUCGUUGGGGCACCUUUCGACACUGCCGUCAGCUACCGUCCUGGAGCCCGAUUCGGCCCUAGAGCUAUCCGUCAAGCAUCAAGCAGGCAGACCACCUUCCGUGGCUUCAACCCCCGUGCAAACAUCAACCCUUACCAGAACUGGGCAAAGAUCAUCGACUGCGGCGACAUACCAGUCACGCCAGUGGACAACGCCGUGGCGCUCACGCAGAUGACGGCAGCCUUUGGCCAGCUUGGCAGACACAGGCCGACCUCGGGGCUGCUGCAGAAGCCCAAGCUGGUGACUCUGGGAGGCGACCACUCACUCGCGCUGGCAGCCCUCCGAGCGCUCAAGGAGAUCCACGGCAAGCCGAUCCGUGUCCUACACUUUGACGCGCACCUGGACACGUGGCACCCGGCCAAGUACCCGUCGGCGUGGCCGUCGGAGCAGGCCCACUUCAAUCACGGCAGCAUGUUUUGGCUCGCGGGCUCCGAGGGCCUCAUCUCCAACUCGAGCGACGCGCCGUCGGUGCACGCGGGUCUGCGCACGCGCCUGAGCGGCGACGACUGGGGCGACUACGACGACGACACGGCGCAGAACUGGAAGCGCAUCGCCGCCGACGACAUUGACGAGCUCGGCGCCUCGGGUGUCGUCCGUACCAUCAUGUCCCACCUCGGCACCGAAGACCCCGUCUACCUGUCGGUCGACAUUGACGUCCUCGACCCGGCGUUUGCCCCUGGGACGGGCACGCCCGAGCCCGGCGGCUGGACCACCCGGGAGCUCAUCCGGAUCCUGCGCGGCAUCGAGGACCUCAACGUCGUGGGUGCCGACAUCGUCGAGGUCUCGCCGGCGUACCAGGGCGCCGGGGAGGAGACGGCGCUUGCCGGGGCGCAGGUCGUCUACGAGAUCAUCUCGAGCAUGGUCAAGAAGGGGAUGAAGGAGAUGGGGAAGGAGAUGGCGAGUGGGUUCAUUGGCGUCGAGCGGGACGAGCUGUGAUACGUGUCAUGUUGCUGGGGGAGAGAGGGGCAAAACAGGCUCAAGACUCGGUGGAUGGAAAUAGGGCAUGCCUACAGGUGCGUCCAUUCCUAAUACAGUAGGUGUCUCAGUUGGGCUAUUGGCCUUUUUUUUUCUUGCCAAGGCAGGCAGAAGAAAUGGGUCACAGGGGGCUUCACGGAUUAUUUCCUUCAUGGGCAACUAUGGAUGAUUCAUACCUGAUGAGGGGUACGCAUCAUGGCUCAGUUGCCAAGGGGACACUACUGCAUGUAGUAUGCAUACCGGACCUACAACAAGGAUAUAGUGGCUUGGAUCCAGAUCUACCUAUGCGAGGGCUGGACUGGA